AUGGAGCAACAGGGCAACUCGGCGCGGUCUGUAGAGGAUACCAAGGCCGCCGAAACGACCCCCCUCCCGCCUCAGACAAAUACGUCGCCGCCGCCGCCGCCAGAGACAGAGCCCGUCAACCAGGUAAACGAGACGCCUGUCGACAAGGUCGAGAAAAAGGCCAAGAAUUCCGAUCAGCGCAAGCAAAAGGAAGCCAAGACUCGUCGAAAAGACACCAAGUCCCGAAGACGGGCUUCUCAUCAAGAGUCCGAUACCAGCGACGACGACGAUACGAGCAGCGAUGAAUCGGAUCUGUCGGACAACUCCGCCGCGGAGAGAAAGUCCAAAAGAAACCCGCGUCGCCGGCGCCUCCGCAAAGUCAGUUCGGGAAAGCUGGCCAAGUCCUCGAGGGCCACGUCCAGGCGCUACAAGCGGCGAUCGAGAGGCGACAGCGACUCGGCCCUGAGCUCCGACUCGUCUUCAGACUCGGAGCGCGACUGCGAGGUUCGAGUGGUGCGCGAUGACAGACACAGCGGAAGUGAGACCGACAAGGAAGUGCAGAACCUUCGUCGGCAGCUUCAGCAGCUGCAACAGCAAGUUGCGCUGCAGCCAGCCAUGGUCAGCCCGUUUGCCCCCAACCCCGCCUUGUAUCCGAUGCAGAGUUUCAAUCCUUUUGGAUUCCACCCUUUCAUGCCUGCUCCUGCUGCGCAACCUCACAACCCUGGUCCUGGACCGUCGACGACAUCCCCCCCACCACCCCCUCCCCCUCAGCAAAGCACGCCUCCUCCACCUCGCAUACGCCGUGCAUACCAACGCGGAAUACCCGUUGAGAUUGAAGAGGAGAAAAAGGACAGGUCGCGUGCCAGAAAGGACGGGAAACCGUCGUUUCGCCGGGUCGAUUUUGUAUGGGAUUCGGCUGCGCUUUGCUUCAAGAUUCGAGAUACGACCGACGCACAGUCACAGGACGACGACGAUGACGACAACAUUUUUCUGGUUCGGAGAACAUUUGAUACGCAGGGAAGGUAUCGCCAAACUUUUGUUGACAUUCGAAGCAAGCUUUUGAGGGAGUGCCUCAAGGAGACGAUUGGAGAAGUCAAGGGUGUGACGUUUGUUGAGGAGAUUCCCAAGCUUGACCCCGAUUUUCUGUUUCUCUACCUGGACGACUUGCGUGCACACUACAAGCACCUGAAAACUGUCAAACCGACGGGAGACUCCAAGCGAGAGAGGGCCAAAAAUGCCAAGAAGAUUGAUCUAAAGACCAUGCAUCUCAAGAUACUCCUCAAAUACCUACGCAAGGACUACGCCGACAUCAAGCGCCAAGUCGACUCGCUCCUCCGCAACGGUCUCAUCACCUUUGAACUCCUCUGGGCCCUCUGGAAGCCCAAGUCCCUCGUCUACACCACCUCCUUUGGCGACGACGACGAGCCGCGCGUGUUCCGCGUCGAGAGUGUCGAGCGCCACGUCAACAUGCAAAAGGGCGAAUUCUACCACAUUGACGGCAAGUAUUUCGAGUAUGACGGCAAGCACUUUGGCUACGGCAGCAUGUCCGAGGAGAUUGGGUCGUUUCGGGGCGCUCGAAAAAUCACGAGCCUGCCGUGCUACCCGCUGCGCUUCCACCGCGACGAGGCCGGCUUGCGGGCGCGGCUGGUGGCGCGCGGGAAACGGUUUGUCGAGCUGCGCGGGGUGCACUUCAAGAGCUACUCAGGCAUGGCGUAUCUUAAGAGCAAGAAGCACGGGGUGAUUCGUUUCAACGUGCAGCAGAGCCGCAUGAUGGUGGACACCAAGACGUUUCGCCGCAUCAACCCAAACUACUCCGUGUCACCGCUCGGGCACACGGCGCACGGUUCGAUGCCACCGGGCAGCAUGUCGGACGAUGAUGAUGACUCUGAUUACAACUCGGGCGGGUCGGAUGCCUACAACAGCGACAACGGUCAGCUCGAGGUCCUGACGACGGUAUACAAGGACGGCGGCAACGAACAGACCGCCGUCGCCGCCAAGGGCUCGUCGUCCGACUCGUGCGGCAAAGCCACACCCUCAUCGUCAUCAGUCGACGGCAAGGGCAAGCCAUCUGACAGCGCCGUUGACGACCUUCCGCGCGCACUCACCGACGAAGACUACAUCCUGGCGUCACCAGUGGUGCUCGGUUUCGCCUUUGCAGAGAAGCAGUGGCUCGAGUUCAAAGUGUCCAACGUGCGCGAGAUCAAGUGGAACGACCAGGCGUGGGACUCGCUGGUGCUCCCCCCGGAAACUAAAGACCUGAUCAAGGCGCUCGUCACCUCGCGGCGCACCAACGCCUCGCGCACCAUCGACGACGUCAUCCAGGGCAAGGGCAAAGGGUUGGUGACGGUGCUCCACGGCGCGCCGGGCACCGGCAAGACGCUGACGGCCGAGGGCAUCAGCGAGCUGCUACAGUGCCCGCUCUACAUGGUGUCGGCCGGCGAGCUAGGCACCGAUUCGCGCUACCUCGAGGCGGAGCUACAGCGCAUCCUCGACAUCUGCCACGCCUGGGGCGCGGUCCUCCUGCUGGACGAGGCCGACGUCUUCCUGGAGAAGCGUAACAUGUCCGACGUGCACCGCAACGCACUCGUGAGCAUCUUUUUGCGCCAGCUCGAGUACUUCCAGGGCAUCCUGUUCCUGACGACGAACCGCGUCGAGACGUUUGACGAGGCCUUCCAGUCGCGCAUCCAUAUUGCGCUGCGCUACGACAACCUCGACGCCAAGGCGAAGCGCAAGAUUUUCGGCAUGUUCCUGGACAGGGUGCGCGCGCUGGGCACCCUCUCCGUCGAUGCGCUCUCCGAGGAGGACCUGGCACGGCUGGUGCGGCAGGACCUCAACGGGCGCGAGAUCAAGAAUGUGGUGUCGAGCGCGCAGGACCUCGCAAUGAGCAAGGGCGAGACGCUAGGUAUGAAACAUUUGCUGCAGGUGCUCGAUGUGCAUGCGCGGUUCAGCAGGGACCUCAAGGGCGGGACGGGCUAUGAGGAUGCGAUGAGGAGCUACUUUUAA